AAUAAAGUAUCGGGACUUUUUAAGUUUGCAAGACUCUACUACAUUGUAUAUAAGGAGGUGAUGCCGACCUGUUCCAGGACUUGUCUUAGUUGUCUUUUGUACAUCCCUCUCGUUGAAUUGAAUUGAAUUGCAUCUGUCUAAUUGUUGACUUAAUACCUCAAAGCUCUCUCGCUUUCACUCAAUCGUUUAGUUACAGUACCAAAAUCAUUCACACACCACAUUCAAAAUGAAGGCUGCUUUCUUCCUCGCUGCUGCUGGCCUCGUUGCCGCUCAGGACUUCGGUGGUCAACCCGAGUGUGCUCUCAAAUGUCUCCAGGAGAACAUCCCCAAGGCCGGCUGCAAGCUCGAGGACACCGCCUGCCAAUGCGCCUCCGAUUUCCAGGCGAAGCUCCUCCCCAUCAUCACCCCUUGCUUGACCAAGGCCUGCGAGGCUCAAGACCUCCUCAAGGCUCAGUCCGCUGCCGCUGAGGCCUGCAAGGAGUUCGCUAAGACCGCCGGCGAGAGCAAGCCUACCGCUACCUCUGCUGCUGCCACCACCGGCGCCGUCACCGUCAGCAUCGACACCUCCGUCACCGGCUCCGCCAGCGUCCCCGCCAUCUUCUCCAGCAUCCCCGAGGAGUCCCCCAUUGUUCCCGUUACUCCCCACCCCGGCAACGCGACCACCACCAAGACUCACGGAGCUUCCACCCCCACCGGAACUUCUGGCUCUGGUUCCGGCAGCGAGAGCGGCAGCGCCAGCAGCGUUCCUACUGGUAACGCUGCUGCUGUUGCUGGCCCCGCCUUUGGUCUCCUCGCUGCUCUCGGUGCUGUCCUUGCUCUGUAAGAGCUCUGAUAUCUGUCUGCGUAUAAAUUCAUCACCACGGAGCAUUCAUGGGACGCAGUCAAUUGACAUUUACGAUACAAGGAAAUUAAUAAUGCGUUGUUCAGAGAUCCAUGGAUAGUGUAUCACUUCCUUUUUUUUUUCCGGGGUACCUACGAUUAGCUUGCCAUCGAGAGUGAUGGGAAAAGUAGUAAUAGACAUGUACCAGCUUAGCUAGUAAUAAACAAGCAUUGAAACUUUCGA